AUGCAUCGAUCUACACUUGUUUGCGAGGGCCGAUUGUUUCAUUACCACGCGGCCCCAGGGCACCAGCGAGUGCGCCGUCAACAACAGCUGGAGCAAACAGAGCCGGGCAUGGCGCGCAACGUGAUCCUGUUCGUGGGCGACGGCAUGGGCGUGGCCACGACCACGGCCGCGGGCAUCCUGGUGGGCGGCGAGGGCCACCUGCUGUCCUGGGAGCGCUUCCCGCACAUCGGCCUCUCCAAGACCUACUCCGUGGACCACCAGGUGCCCGACUCCGCCGCCACCGCCACCGCCAUGCUCACCGGCGUCAAGACGCACUCCAGGAUGCUGGGGCUGGACGCGCGCGCCAACACGACGACGUGCGACCGCGAGGUGAACCGCGAGGCGAAGCUGGCGUCGCUGGCGCUGUGGGCGCAGCAGGCGGGCAAGGCGACGGGCGUGAUGCCGGAGGAGUCGCGCGGGUGCGUGCUGGACAUCGCGCGGCAGCUGGCGGAGGCGGCGCCGGGAAAGGACCUGCACGUGGUGCUGGGCGGCGGGCGCCGGCAGCUGGGCGCGUCGGGCAAGGAGGACCCCGACGAGGACGACUCGUGCCUGAUGGACCCCGAACUGCUGCACCGCGCAGACUACAUCCUGGGGCUGUUCGCCGGCGGCAACAUGGCGUACGAGGCCGAGCGGCGGGCGGCGCCGGGCGACCAGCCCUCGCUCAGCGAGAUGACGCGCGUGGCCCUGCGCGCGCUGCGGCGCCACGGCCGCGACAAGGGCUUCUUCCUGCUGGUGGAGGGCGCGCGCAUCGACAUGGCGCACCACAAGAACUACGCGCGCCUCGCGCUGCUCGAGGCCCAGCAGCUGGACGAGGCCGUGCACGUCGCCCUGGACGAGGUGGACAUUGAAGACACGUUGAUUGUGGUGACGGGCGACCACUCGCACGCCAUGACCAUCAACGGCUACCCGGAGCGCGGCAGCGACAUCCUGGGCAUCUCGUACGCCGAGAACAAGCGCUACGACGAGAACGCCGUCAAGUACGAGACGCUGACGUACGCGACGGGGCCCGGCGCCAAGGACCACCAGGGCGUCCGCGUGGAGGACAUCCCGGAGGAGAAGCGCAAGGAGCUCAGCGACCUGCUCGUGGGCGUGUACGAGCAGAGCUUCAUCGGCACGGCCAUGCGUACGCCGCGCGCGGGCCCUUCAAGGGCCAGGGCCGCGCGCCGAGCAGAGCACCAGCGCCGCCUCCGCGCCGGCCCGCGCCGCGUGGCCGCCACGCUGCUCGUGGCGGGCGCCGCGCGCCUCUUCAAUUGA